GCUCAGCGUUACAGGACGUGCUAUGAAUUGUGAACCGUACAACAGAUGAAAUAAAGGAGCGACAAACCGCACAGCACUGCAGACAAUCUACCACUGCGGGUCAACUACAUCACACCUAACUGUACGUCGGUAGAUCAACAGAUACAAUGCCUUCUCCUAAAGCUAAAAACCCCGUCCGAAGCGGCGGAAGCCCGGUGCUCGGCAGCUCCAACGGCCGCUACGAGUUCAUGUCGCUGACGAAGCCGUUGAACCGGUCCUCGCCGCCGCACCUCCACCAGCGGCAGGGCUCUGACCCGACCACCGCCCGCCUCCGAGCCUCGGAGAGCCCCACUCGGCGCCGGGGCUCAAGCUCCUCCACGGGCUCGGGCAGCGGCCAGGGGCUGUCAGAGGAGGACGGUAUACGGCUAAACCCUUCCUUCAUCCGCGUAGCACUCAGCUCCCUUCUCGCAAUCGACCUGUGGAUGUCCAAGCGGCUGGGGGUGUGUGCCUGUGAAGACUCUUCCUGGGGCAGUGUGCGCCCGCUAAUGAAACUGAUAGAGAUAUCUGGACAUGGCAUCCCCUGGCUGGCUGGUACCGCCUACUGUCUGUACAAGAGUGACAGUGCUACAGGACAAGAAGUCAUGCUCAACCUUUUCAUGGGCCUGCUGUUGGACCUGGUCCUGGUUGGCAUAGUUAAGGCAGUGGUGCGUCGGCGUCGGCCAACACAUAACCGCAUGGACAUGUUCGCCACCUUUUCCGUGGACCGCUACUCCUUCCCUUCAGGCCAUGCCACGCGUGCCGCCAUGUGUGGGCGGUUCCUGUUGGCUCACCUCGUGCUGGCUGCCCCUCUGAGGGUCCUCGUCCUGCUGUGGGCCGCCCUGGUGGGGUUGAGCCGAGUGCUGUUGGGCAGGCACAAUGUGACUGACGUGAUGUUUGGGUUCUGGAUGGGCUAUUGCCAGUAUAACCUUGUAGAGAUGUUGUGGCUCUCACCUCAAACCCUGCAAGGGCUGCUGGGACAGUUAGCUUAAUAUUAAGGAUUAAAGGAGAAGGAGGAGACAGAGGAGGAGACAGAGGAGGAGGAGACAGAGGAGGAGACAGAGGAGGAGGAGACAGAGGAGGAGACAUGGUGGUUUGAAUCUUGAUUGUCAGAGCACCUGCACACCUUUUUUUGUCUUUUUUUAGACUGAUGUAUAAGAGAAAUGGUCUUGACUAGAGAAGAGAGUGCUAUCAAACACACCUUUGACACUUCAGAAGCCCACUGUCAGCUCUCACUUUAAAGUGGCAAAGCCUGUAAUAAAUAGUACAGGACUUUUAAUCAGGACAGACCAGUAGAAACAGAUGUAUCCAAGUUGCCUCCUGAAGCCCCCCCACUCCCCCUACUGGCCUGAUUCACUUCAAUUUUGUAAACUGCAAGCAUGCUUUAGUUGCUAAGGGAGUGUUCAUUUCAAAGGCUGAGCUUUGCACUUGAUGAUCUGCUUCAGAUGAACUCCUAUAAUGGUACACCACAGAGAAGAAGUUAAAAAAAAAAAAUUAAUGUGAAUCUUUGUUUCUGGAAAAAGAAUGAUAAUAGCCUUUUUUUAUUAACCAAUUUGUAUUUAAUUAUUGCAGAAGCAAAGAGCAAUAAGCAGUAAAAAAUAUAUACUGUAAUGUAAAUGAUAAAUCAGUGGGAAUGUAUCCUACGCUAAUCUACUAACAAACCCUGUAUAGGAGCAACUGCAGUUUUCCAACUGCUCACAAACUGCCAUUUAAAAGCUAUUUGAGGCCAGAGAGAAGAGGAGCACCUUGCCCGUCUGCCCUCACCUGCUCUCUUUCUUUAGGACCCUUUAGGACUCUUUCUAAGAAGGCUAACGCUGAUCUUGCUAUUAGCCAUAUGAUUUCCCCACUCAGCAGUUUAUGCUCCUGUUCAGCUGCAGCCUGUACAUUCUCCCCACUUCACUUUAUUUGACAUCUGAGAGGAUUAAACGUUACACCCUAACCCUUAUCAACUUUAAUCUCACCAAUUUACUUUACUCAUUGACUCAUUCUAAUUUCUUUUACAGUAUCGCUGUGUCAUAACUAUCUAUACUAUAUCACGUAUUGCUGAUUACUAAUCAGCUCUGAUAGAUCACAUACACAGAACCUUAUUAUUACCCGGUGUUACACAUUAACAUUAAUGACUUGCAGAAUGUUUUUUUUAUCAUGGAGUAUUUAUUAAUAUCAGAUAUAAUAUGUGCUUUAGCUUUUUUUUUUAACACCAAAUUACAAUAUUUUUUAUCAAACUCUUUAAAUAUUACAAUGUUUCCCCUUUAACAGGGAAAAUAAAAUGUUAUGGACAAAAAUGUCACCAUUUUUUAACACAUAUUUGUGUGUGGGAACCCUCUUCUCUAGACACUGACCGUUUCAAAUGGUGUACUGAGGAUGAAGACUGACAUUCUGUACAAUACAUUUGACAGUAAUUCAAAAACUCAAAAUGUAUUCAAGUUUAUAGCCAUCAAGUGAUCCCAGGUUCUGCCUCUGAGGUUGGGGUAGCUAAGGUCAUGUAUGUUAGAGUGGAUGAAUGGCACUUUAAAAUAAUUCCCUGUGGGUCCAUUCAGGUGAUAGUUUUCACCUGAAAUGAGAGCUUGCUAGAAUUCUGCACUGUGAAAUCGCUACUAAAGACACCGUCUUUGCAAACACUGUAAUGAUUCUAGUCUAUCUAGAAUAGACUACAUUUAUUCAUAAAGUUAGACAUUAUGUGUAACUACGCACGUCACUUUUCAGCAGCGGCGUGGCAGCAGCAGCAGCACAUAGUUUUAUAUUGGCAACCAGUUUGGAUAAGUGAGGAUGUGUGCUGCCAAGGUUCAUAGACCAGACAAAUGCAGUUUGAAGGCUACGUUUUGUAACCUAUUACAUGAUUGGAAUGAAUGAAUACAGGGUGCCUUGCCACGGCACAUUUCAAUGUCAGGUCCAUGCUGUCAUAUCUAAGCUUUUUGAAAAUGUGUGUGAGUGUAAAGAAAACUUUGGGUAGAUCUUUAGUCACAUGUUUUCAUAAUGUUUAAAAUGUUCCAUUGAGUCGUAAAGAUUCACAAAGUCAAUAAUCUAUAGAGGGAUUAACAGCCAGGUGUUGGACUGUUGCAGAUCUUCCCACUGUUCGUAUUGGAUGAUGACGGGACCCUUUGACAUACUGCACUUUGUAUGUUAGGGAUAAAUCCUUACAUUAACCUAUUGACUUUGUCUGGUCCUGAGGGCGUCUGUUGUUGUGCACUGUGUCUUAGAAUAUCGACACGCUGACCCUCUGAAAGCCGAUUUUGAAUCACAUUAAUAUUCAACUUUAAAUGACGCGAGCAGUCGAGAUGUUGUAACACAGAUGAGUGUUUGACGUUAGCACUGUCACAGAAACUGUUGACCCGUAAAACGCAAUCACUAAAUGCACAAAGGUGUCCUGGGAUGACUCCGGCCACUCUGCGAGCAGAAAGUAGAAAAUGUAAUGAGUUGUGUAACAGCUGGCUCUCUCUCACUCACUGUACACACACAUCUUGGCACUGCCACCAGAAGAAGUGCACCCUCAUUUCUGUGUCUUUUGGUCUGUUCUAAUUUGUACAUGGAUUAGGACUAUGAUGAGAUAUGUGGACAUAUGAUUUGUGUGUAAAUGUAUGAUGUAUGAACUAUUGUUGAACCAUUUUUAUGAAGUGACUUAAUUGAACAGCCUGCUCCCUGGUAUACAGGUGCUCCAUUAUAGACUUGUAUAUAAUUUAUAGGCUCACAUGAUGUGCCCUCUCUGCAAUAAUUGACCAAUGAUCUUCCCAGUGCGGCAAUAAGACGACCAGCGAGUGAGAUGGUAGCUUUCAUCCUCUUUACUUUGUAUUAUACCUUUUUUCACAAAUCUAAAUCUUUGUCACCAAAUUAUUUUUUAGGAUUUAUUUUUGCGUUUUACAUGUUGAUAUUGCGGUGAUGCAGAAACACCUUUAUCACAAUGAAUACUGAAGAGAUUUUCCACAUUCCACAUGUCAUCCGUUUACUUAACAUAAACAAAAUCUAUUUGUUUUUCCAGCUCGUCAGCAAAUGUCACAUCUGUUCUUGCACAUAGUCAAAUAUGAAGCCUUUCUAAUUUCUGUCUCUGCACUCAGUUUUGCCUGCUAUAUAAUAUAAAUGAUAGUGUGUUUAGACCUUAAUCUUAAUGUAUAUACAUAUGCCUGUAUGGUCAUGUGAUGACAUUGUGUUAUGUUCAGUGGAUUUUAUUGUGCUGCUCAUAUUCCCCGAGCGGUUGUAAUGUACUUGAAUGAUUUGAAUGUAAUGAUUUUUAAUUAAAUGCGGAACAAAUCUGAAA